ACUGUCUGAUGUUGAUCCCAUGUGAGUUUUGGUUAUUAUUGUACUACUUUUUCCAACAAAAAUGAAUCAAAAACAUAACCAGCAUCUAUUAAAUGCUUCGUCUCCUCUCCCAGGCCUUCUGGAGGCCAAGUCUUUGUUAAACGACAUCAAGCAGGAAGAGAUGGUGCCCGUCGGUAAUGUUGGUAUUGGCUCAGAGAAGGCAAACGGCUUCCUGAGUCACUCCAGACCGAAGCGUAACGUGGACCCCAGGUGGUACAGAGGAAACCCAGACUUCCAGUCUUACUACCGCUACUACAGCAGCAUCGGACACACCGAGGGGCUCUAUGAGAUCGACAAGCUGCGGAUGCUCUACCAGCAGAUGAGGUACCUGGAGCAGACCUAUGGCCCCGAUGCCUCCUAUUUCCAGAGCAAACUGGGAGUGCCGAUGAUCAUGUGUGACCCAGCGACAGACAAGAAGUGCAAAGUGGCUGCUCCUCCUCCACCUCCGAUGAAAGGAGUCCCGAACCCCAAAGAGUUCUUAGCGACCCCUCCUCCUCUCCCUCCCGCUCCGGCCAUCUCCCAGGCUGACGUUCUCUUCCUGUGCAACAGGAAGGACCCCCUCUGUAAGCCCCACAUCGUCUACCUGCCCAGCGGCUCCGUGCCCGUGCUCUGCGACCCCCGCUACCACCCCCACUGCACCCCCCAGAAAGCUCCGGCUGCAUUUGCAGUGCCCCAACCUCCUCCACCUCCACCAAAGAAGUCCGCCCCACCUCCACCGCCACCUCCACCUCCAGCAGUCUACGUCAAGAAGUCUCUCCCGGCCCCCAUUCGCACCUUCAAGGGCAUGGAGUACGACUGCGACCCCUACUGGGACCCCGACUGCCUGAUUGACCGCCCACCCAGGCCCAUGAAGGGGAAGGUCAUGGUCCCCCCGCCGCCACCCCCUCCUGUGGAGGAGGAAAAGGAAGAGGAACCAGUGCAGCAGCCAGCUCCCAUUGCUCCCAUCAAGAAGAAAGUAAGCCUCCACCCGUACUACUACCCCAUGCCCUACAACCCCAUGGAUGAUCUGUACGACCCGUCCCGCUUCCAGUACCCCGAGCCCGCCGUUGCUGCCGACGAGCCUGCAGAGUCAGGCCACAGUCAGUAAAACAUCCAGGAUGUGUUGGAGGAACGUUUUUUUUUUACUUUAAAUGAAACAGACUUUGAUUGAAAUCAUCUAAGUUGAAUAUUUUUAAUAUCUUGUAAAUGUACCAUCAUGGAUUACAACCUGUACUAAAGCAUUGAAAAGUUGCAGCAUUUGUUUAAGACGACUGUUAAUAUAUAAAUGUAUUUACCAUCAUCACUGUCGGCGAGUAAAAAAAGCAGUUUUCAGUCAACACAAGCUUGUAAUGCAAAUGAUUUUUGACUAAUGAGAUAAUAAAAGUGUCACAAAACUA